CCUUGAGAAAGAGUAAGAUAAAGACCCAUUCAGUUUGUCUGUAUAUAAACCCACUGCAUCUGUUCCUCUGUUCAUUAGGUGCAGAAAACAAUCAUGAAGUACUUCAUUCUUCUGGCCCUGUUCGCUGCAGCCUUUGCUGCUCCCAUUGACGAUGAGGGUGACAAGAUUGUUGGAGGCUACGAGUGCGGAAAGAACUCUGUGGCCUAUCAGGUCUCUCUGAACGCUGGAUACCAUUUCUGUGGAGGCUCCCUGAUCUCCAGCACCUGGGUGGUGUCUGCUGCUCACUGCUACAAGUCCCGCAUCCAGGUGCGUCUUGGUGAGCACAACAUUGCUGUCAAUGAGGGCACAGAGCAGAUCAUCGACUCUGCCACGGUCAUCCGUAACCCCAAGUACAACAGCGGCAACCUGGACAAUGACAUCAUGCUGAUCAAGUUGAGCAGGCCCGCCAAACUGAACAGCUACGUCCGCACCGUGCCCCUGCCCUCCAGCUGUGCCAGCGCUGGCACCCGCUGUCUGAUCUCUGGAUGGGGCAACACCAGCAGCUCUGGAAGCAGUUAUCCUGAUCGUCUGAGGUGCCUGGAUGCCCCCAUCCUGAGCGACAGCAGCUGCAAGAACGCCUACCCUGGACAGAUCACCGUCAACAUGUUCUGUGCUGGAUUCCUCGAGGGAGGCAAGGACUCCUGCCAGGGAGACUCUGGUGGCCCCGUGGUGUGCAACGGUCAGCUGCAGGGUGUUGUGUCCUGGGGUUAUGGCUGCGCCCAGAGGAACAAGCCCGGAGUCUACGCCAAGGUCUGCAACUACGUCAGCUGGAUUCGCAACACCAUGUCCUCCUACAGUGGCAGAGUGGGUACAAAAGGGCAUGCAGUGCACAGAGCUGACAUCGAGGCUCAGACCGAACCCAUCAUGAAGACUUUCAUUCUUCUGGCUCUGUUCGCAGUGGCAUAUGCUGCUCCCAUUGACGAUGAGGGUGACAAGAUUGUUGGAGGCUACGAGUGCGGAAAGAACUCUGUGGCCUAUCAGGUCUCUCUGAACGCUGGAUACCACUUCUGUGGAGGCUCCCUGAUCUCCAGCACCUGGGUGGUGUCUGCUGCUCACUGCUACAAGUCCCGCAUCCAGGUGCGUCUUGGUGAGCACAACAUUGCUGUCAAUGAGGGCACAGAGCAGAUCAUCGACUCUGCCACGGUCAUCCGUAACCCCAAGUACAACAGCGGCAACCUGGACAAUGACAUCAUGCUGAUCAAGUUGAGCAGGCCCGCCAAACUGAACAGCUACGUCCGCACCGUGCCCCUGCCCUCCAGCUGUGCCAGCGCUGGCACCCGCUGUCUGAUCUCUGGAUGGGGCAACACCAGCAGCUCUGGAAGCAGUUAUCCUGAUCGUCUGAGGUGCCUGGAUGCCCCCAUCCUGAGCGACAGCAGCUGCAAGAACGCCUACCCUGGACAGAUCACCGUCAACAUGUUCUGUGCUGGAUUCCUCGAGGGAGGCAAGGACUCCUGCCAGGGAGACUCUGGUGGCCCCGUGGUGUGCAACGGUCAGCUGCAGGGUGUUGUGUCCUGGGGUUAUGGCUGCGCCCAGAGGAACAAGCCCGGAGUCUACGCCAAGGUCUGCAACUACGUCAGCUGGAUUCGCAACACCAUGUCCUCCUACUAA